AUGUUCGCAAAGGCGUUCACUUUUGCCAGCCUGGCUUCCCUUGUCAGUGCUCAUAUGCUCAUGAACAACCCCAAGCCGUACGGAAACCCAGACAACAGCCCUCUCUUUGCAGACGGAUCAAACUUCCCCUGCAAGGGAAAGGUCAAUGAUGGCUCCGGUGACAACGUCUACAAGCAAGGCAGCACCCAACAGCUCUCAUUCACUGGCCAAGCUGUUCAUGGCGGAGGCUCGUGUCAAGUUUCUCUCACCACUGAUAAGAACCCUACCAAGGACUCUGUUUGGAAAGUCAUCAAGUCUUAUGAAGGAGGCUGCCCUUCAAGAACCGCAACAGGAAACCUGGGUGACAAUGCUGAUGCCCAGAACCCUGACAAGUACGACUUCACAAUCCCCAAAGAGUUGGCAGCUGGCGAGUACACACUUGCCUGGACCUGGUUCAACCAUGUUGGCAACCGCGAGAUGUACAUGAACUGUGCUGCCAUCACCGUUGAGGGCUCAGGUGGCUCUAAGGGCCUCUUGGACUCUCUCCCUGACAUGUUCGUCGCUAAUGUUGGCAAUGACUGUGAAACUCUUCCCAAUACUGACCUUAAAUUCCCCAACCCUGGCAAGGACGUCAGCCAGCUCAAGUCUAAGCUUGAUGGUCCCAAGGGCGAUGGAUGCCAGAAGGCUGGCUCCGGCGGCGGCUCUGGUGGUGGUUCUGGCGGAGGUGAUACCCAGCCUUCGACCCCCGUUGCUGCCCCUACUACAAACGUCGGUGCUCAACCCACUCAGCCCGCCACUACUCCUGCUCCCAGUGCUGGCUCUGGCUCUGGCGAUGGUUCCAACGGUGCCUCGGAGAUCCCUGGUGGCGCUUUCAUUACUGUGUCUCAGCCUUCUGCCUCUCAACCUACUGCCACUCAAGCUCCUGCUGCUCCCGAGACACCUACUGACGGCUCUGGCUCUGGCUCUGGCUCUGGCGGUUCUGGUUCUGGCUCUGGAAGCAGUGGUUUCACUGCUGGAACUGCCUGUACAAACGAGGGCGAGUGGAAUUGUAUCGGCGGCUCAACUUUCCAGCGCUGUGCCAGUGGUGCUUGGACUGCCGCUCAACAGCUUUCUUCUGGAGUUACCUGUACUCCUGGCCAAGGUGCUGAUAUUGCCAUGAACGCCAAGAAAGGCAGGAGGAGCAUGCGACGAGCUCAGCGCCACAAUGCCUAG